GAGCCAGCAAUAAACGAACGAUUUUUGCGCAAAAACGGUGUUUAUCAAUAGAUCGUUGCGCUCGAUUGCUGUGGCCGUUUAAAACGCGUAAAUUCUCGUCCGAAACUCGCCAAACCAGCGCUCUUGCCGCCAAAAGAAACGCGUUUUAGUGCUGCGAAUAGAAAAAAGAACGUAAGCAACGAUAACAACAGGCAGCAAGAGCGAGCGAGAACGAGAGAGAGAGCGAGAGAGUGUUGUGUGUGUGCGUGCUGCCAACUUGUCGCACCAAUUCGCUGCUGUGUUCCAGUGUGCGUGUGUGUUCUGUGGGGUUCUCCCAAAAAGAGGAAACAAAUAAGAAACCUUUGCGCGAUGCCAUACGAAAUGUAUCUGAACUUUUAGGGUUCGAACUUUUAGGAUUCGCUUGUUCUGCUGCUGUACACAUAUAUAUUUAUUUGCCUGGCCAGCGCAACUUUUCAACAAGUUGCCAGCGCAGCGUGCAACGCGCGUUCACACACACACACACAGUCAACGAGCGCAAGAAAGAGUGAGAGAGGGAGAGGCGGAAAGAGAGCGAGCAACAGCAACAACAACAAAAGCCUCUCAGCAGCAACGUUUUUAGUGAUGUCAUCAGAAAAAACGUCUUCAAACUGGCCAAAUUGAAGCGGAAAAGGUAGCCAAACUGAAGCACUUGUCGGAGAGCGUUUCGGUGCUGCUGAAGAUCGCCAGGAUCGGCAACAUGGACAACAGCAUCGUCGAGGAGAACGGCAACUCGUCGGCGGCAUCGGGCUCCAAUGACGUGGUCGAUGUCGUUGCCCAACAGGCGGCGGCAGCAGCGGGGGGUGGCGGUGGCGGAGGAGGAGGAGGCGGUAACCCCCAGCAGCAGCAGCAACAGAACCCACAAAGUACAACGGCCGGCGGUCCAACGGGGGCGACGAACAACGCCCAGGGAGGCGGAGCGUCCUCCGUGCUGACCACCACCGCCAACUGCAACAUACAAUACCCCAUCCAGGCGCUGGCGCAGCACGGACUACAGGUGCAAUCCGUGAUACAGGCCAACCCCUCGGGGGUCAUACAGACAGCAGCUGGAACCCAGCAACAGCAGCAACAGGCGCUGGCCGCCGCCACAGCGAUGCAGAAGGUGGUCUAUGUGGCCAAGCAGCCAAACUCGACGGUGAUCCACACGACACCUGGCAAUGCAGUGCAAGUGCGUAACAAAAUCCCUCCAACCUUUCCGUGUAAGAUCAAACCCGAACCGAACACGCAGCACCCGGAGGACAGCGACGAGAGUCUGUCGGACGACGAUUCCCAGCACCACCGCAGCGAGCUGACGCGACGGCCGUCGUACAAUAAGAUCUACACCGAGAUCAGCGGUCCGGACAUGAGCGGCGCAUCGCUUCCCAUGUCCGACGGCGUGCUCAAUUCCCAGCUGGCGGGGACCGGAGCGGGGGGCAAUGCGGCGAACAGCUCCCUGAUGCAGUUGGAUCCCACGUACUACCUGUCCAAUCGGAUGUCCUACAACACCAACAACAGCGGGAUAGUGGAGGAUCAGACCCGUAAGCGCGAGAUCCGGCUGCAGAAGAACAGGGAGGCGGCGCGGGAGUGCCGGCGCAAGAAGAAGGAGUACAUCAAGUGCCUGGAGAAUCGAGUGGCGGUGCUAGAGAACCAAAACAAAGCGCUCAUCGAGGAGCUGAAGUCGCUCAAGGAGCUCUACUGUCAGACCAAGAACGAUUGAAUGUGGGCGGGGCUCUGGCGCUGCCUGCGCCUCCGCCUCCAGUUACGGCUACGGUUACGGAUACGGAUACGGACACGGAUACGGACACGGUUACGGCGACAACUGCUGCGCUGCGGUUCCGCUCCGCUCCGUUCUGUUCUGGACAACGCCAACCGACAGCAGCGAUGAUGGAUCGAUCCUAGCCGUGGGCCGGCCGCAUAUCAUGAUUUCUAUACGUAUAGGAUGCUAUAUGUGGUAGCGUGUACAUUAACUGUAUGAAUAUGAACUGUAUGAACUGUGUGACGAGGGAUCGUGGGAUCGUGGGAUCGUGGGAUCGUGUUGUUGGGACGCAGACGACGGAGGGUCGGGUCUAUCUGCCGGACACACAAUGUAAUUAUGUUUGUAAUUUAAAGAUGUAAUAUUAUGUUUAUGAUUUAGUUUACGCCUUAGUUUAUUCGCUAACUUAACGAUACUGAAGUUUACCUACGAACCUACAAACCUACAAACCUACAAACAUGUGUUUCUGUAACCUAAGACCUUUCACCACACCCACAUGCACACCUAGCUACACCCAACGGAUUCGCUGUAAUCCGCUGUAAUUGUAAUUGUAAUUAAAUUUUUUUGUUUUACCUAAUUCGUAAUUGAUGCAGCAGGACGUGCGUGUCUAGCGAAAGUGUUUUUUCUUAGCGAAUUGUUGUAAGCCAAUAUGUCAGGAUAUAGUCAACCAGCACUCCCCCCCCCCAAGCCCCCCAAACCACCAACCACCCACCCCCAUGGAUGUCCAGACAGGAAGGCUAGAUAGGAGCGGACGAAUGGGUUUUCUGAGCCUCCCAAUUCAAAUUGUUCAAAAAUCGCAAGUUUCACUUGAUUUACAUGUGUGUGUGUGCGUGUCUGUACAUUUGUGUGCGUGUGUGCCGGCCAAUUGUAUCUGUAAAAUUAGUCUUAGAUCGAGGCGAAGAAUCCAUCUGGGAUUUGAGCAUGGAAUUAAUUAUUCAAACACUUUGUUACAUAAUUUUAAACGAACCGCAGCUCCCCAAAGAACCUGGUUUACAUACAACUCCAAUUUGGAAUUGGAAUCUGGGGGCGAAUCAUCGAAAGGAGGGGGGGAAGGGAACACGAAAGGCCGGAACACACGUGUGUGUGGGGGUACAGAUAUGUACAUACAUAUAUGCAUUAUAUAUAUAUAUUUAUACAUAUAUUGAAAGCAAACACUCUCGUUAUCUCUUGUGAUCGACUCAGUUGUUGUUAUGAAUUGUAGAAAACAGACGAAGAGACGGACAAAUACAUAAGAUAAAUUAAUGAUGAAUUCGGGGGACAGAGAUCGAACUUUUUUAUCUAGCGUAGCGCAACGGAAACAAUGUCAAAAUGAAAUGAAUGAAGCACCGGAAACGGAAAUAAAACCAUAAGAAAACUUGCAUGUA